GGCGGGGCUUGACGUAUGACGGCGCUGGCGUAAACAAACAGAGACGUUUAAAUCCUCAGCUGUCAAGAGCGACGCUUCCGUCGGGCACUGAGAGAUGCCGAAUGUCUGAAAAGGGAGCCAUAGCACUGUUCUUAUCCAGAGAGGUUCCACCAUGAUCUAUGACGAGGAUCCACUUCACCAAAACUUUGCUGAGACCCUUCCUACCGAGAUGAGUGUAAAGAUCUUUAGUGAGUUGGACCUCAGAAGUUUGGGUCGGGCCUCGCUCACCUGUAAACGCUGGAAUGGCAUCAUUGAGGGCAGCGAUUACCUGUGGCGCAACCACUGUCUUACGGUGCUGGCCAUUUGUCGAAGGGAGGUGGAUGGGGACAGGCUUGAUGGAUAUUCCUGGAAGGUUACUCUUUUGCGCAACUACAGGAAAGGGUGUGUAAAGAGGAGGUGGCUAAAGGGCCGAUACAGCAACAUCCACUCUGCUGAUGAGAUCCCACCCAACCACAUGUGUCCACUGGACGUAGAGACAUGGGGAGAGAUACUGGAGGCAGAGCUGGAGAGAUAAAGCCGAGAGACUUUUUGAAUCAUGAUAAGACUAAAAUACAUCGGCAGUGUCUACGAUGUAGAGUAUUAUGACCGAAGCACUUGCUGGCUAAAACAUUUUAUAAAAUGUUUCAUAAUUAAUUAUCAAAAAUACUGCUGGGCAUCUGCGUGCCUGUCAGAAUACACAAUAAUGUGGUUUUGAUUUGGGUGAAAUGGAAAUUUUUGGCUGUAUUAUUGACAUUUACCUGGAUCUGUAUAGGUUUUUAUAGGCGGACCACAAUAAGUUUAUCCUCAGCUUUCUUUAUUUUGUAGAUCAGGAAAAUCUACAAAAAAUAUAUAUAUUGUGCCUUUUUGUUUUAAAAUUGUGCCUUUUUUAAAUUUUGUGUUAAUUUAUUUAAUUUUCCCCACUUAAAAAAAAUGUCACUGCCAAUAUUGUUUUGUCUUAAAAAAAGAAAAAUAUAAUUUUUUAAAGCUAAUAAAUUCAUUACUGUAACGUGUUUUUCCCCUUUUAUUUACCUGAAACUCAGGGCUGGGUUAUGAAGAGCAGCAGGACCUUUCCUGGCAGUGCUGGUUGACUUACUAAAUUCACAUACAAAGCUACAUUUUAAAAACAACUGUUGAAGACAAACCAAACAGUCAUAAUACAUUUGAAGUAGUCACUUUCUGAAAGUUUUUUAAGGAAAUGUGCACUUAAUGGCCAAGAUUUGAUACAAUAGACGAAGAAUGUCUUUGGGUGCUAAAUUUUAUUGUGCCAGCUACACUUUGCAAUGUGCUAUGUCAAGCUUAAUUGUAAUAAAAUUUUCUUAAAACACUAAAUGAUCUUUGUUCAAUGUA